UUUGCUAAACCUUUGCACCAUCGGCAUUUAUUCUUUGCCUUUGUUUUAUCCGAAGUUUACCCCACUCCCGCUUUCAGACCCGAGGAAACUGCUGCUCGACGUUCCCUUUAAAGGUGGGCGCGGCCACGGUUUGGCGUCGGCAGCCCGCAAAUAAACCGAUCGUUGCCCCCUUUAAAAGUGGCCAGGAAGUACUGAGGGAAGGAGCUGAACUCUGACCGUCAGGGUGGAAGCACAUUCAGCGCGCUGGAAAAUGCACGGCCAAUACUUGAAGUAUGUCUCCUUGGGGUGAGGCACCAAUGGAGCCAAGUCUAUGAAUCAUUUGCACUUUGGAUAGAGGAGUCUGCAGUUUCACCACAGAUGACCAUAGAAAUUGACAGGCAAUUGCUUCUAUUGACACUAGUACAAUGAUACACUAUUGGACAAGAUGCACAGACGAGUGAGAGCUUCACAGAGAUGACUGACAAUGCCAGCGGAGCAUAUGCAGAACAGCCAAAUGUCGACACCUUCCCAAUGCAGAGCAAACGAGGCUAUUGCGGCUGCUGCCAGGAACUGUACACCUGCCUUGAACAGCACCUGCAGACCACUCGGCACAAGCAAUCCGCCGGUGAGUCCCGAUGUCAGGUGGUGGCAAAAAGCCUCAUGGAGCGCUUCCUGCAAGAUGUGAUACAGUACCACCCCUCCCGCUACAAAGACAACAGGCCAACAUACAUGGACCUUCCAUCAAUCAGUGCGCCUCUUAUUCCCAAAAAGGAGGUUGCAGAUAUACACGCCUACCAAGAUGAAAAGGAGACCAGAGAGGAGUUGCCCAGUACGGACAAUGACUCUGUCCAAUCGGCACACGUGCUGGUUGGAAAGAGUGUCGUUAGUUGCAAUCAGACCAAAGACAGCAACACAUCUUCGCUGCCUGUCGGAGAUCCAGUGAGCGGAAAGGACACCGCAAUUAAAGAGCCAGCUUCUGUAGAACAGGCUGAAGUCAGCUCCUCUUCCUAUAAAGAGUUAUGCAGGACUGCGUUUUUAACUGCGAGAGAGGGCAUCCUAUCUUGCAGUAAAGUGGAUAGGCACGGAAGUCGCAUUGCUUUGGGCAUAUAUAAACCAAUGUCAAGGAGAGGAAUAAAGGAUUGCAAUAAGCUCAAAGCCACUGGCUCUCCUGGAAGUGAGGAUCAUGAACAUUGGAAUCCUAUGUCUCAAAUGAAUUUUCCUAACGUUUCAUCAGGGCCUGUUUUUAAGUUUUCCAAAUUGCACCACAUUAAUUCUCAGGGUACAAUUGCAGGACCCCCUCUCCCUCAACUCGGGGACCACAUGGGGCCCAGUGGCCCACACUGUCCUGGAGGCCCAAGCCAACUGGAGGAGUGCAAGCCACACAGCAGAAACACUGCCCCUUGCCCGGCUACGCUCAAAGAAACCAAAGUGGCCGAACACAUGGAGGACUUGGUCACGGAGACCAUUGAGACAGUCAUUCAGAAACACUGCAGCAGGCAGGCAUCACGGCUGAAAGACAGCGACAGUGAGAAUUCAAUGUGUUGUCAGCUUCAAUGCCGAAGGAAAACGGUGGGGAGGGGCCUGCAGAGAACAAAAUGGCCUCCCGAGAGAGAUCACGGCACACCAUCAAGCAGCUGCGAAAUGACCUGCAGCAGGCAGACGCUACAAGAGACGGCAUCUUGCUUCAAGAAGAUGCUGUCUUUAACUCUGUCCUGCGAGACCAAAUCUGGAGGACAGCGCCAGGGCACAGGGGAGGACGUGGCGAGUUUGGGGGGUAGUACCUGUUUUCUGGGCAGUCAGCUGGGACAGCUGGAGUCCAGCAGCAGCUCUGAAUGGAACGCCUCUGUGAAGGUGGAGAAGCGCUGUUCGAGGAUUCCGGUGAAGGACCUGGAGUUGAUUACGGAUGCACGAAUCUCGCUUGAGGACCCCGACUACAAGACUCGGUUGAGUUCAGUUCUUCGAUUACAAACGGAAGAGUGCGACAAAAUGGAAGUUGAAAAUGCUGGCCCGGCGGAAAGCAGCGUGAAAGCGGAGUACGUCGAAGAGAAAACACAGCACGUCGAGACAGAGCAACGGCUGCAGUCUUUGCCUUACGUACCACCAUCUUUUGCUGGAAAGACUUGGUCCGAGAUCAUGACAGAGGAUGAUCUGAAAGUGGAGGCACUCGUGAAAGAGUUCAAGGAAGGACGAUACUUAUGUUACUUUGACAGCGAGUCCUUGGCCAACCAUGGAAGGAAACAGAAGAAGCACCGGGACAAGGUGAUGGAAACAUCCAAAGGUACGUGCAAGGAGUCAGCUGACAGCAGUCGCUCCGUCCCUGUCACUGAAGCGUUGCCUCACUUACAGGAGGGGAAUGAGGAAACUGAGCUACCACCAACUCUGGGCCAGUCGGCACUGGGCAAGAAGCCGGCCUUGAGGCAAUACCGCAUGGCGUCCAGAUGCCAGGUGGUGAAGGUGAGCCAUGCUACCCAGACUAGCGAGGCCGGCUAUCCUGUGGUCAAAAAGAAGUCUAGAAGGAUGGACCAAGAGCCUGAGAACUUUUGGAGCGGGCCAGACCAGGUGGAAACGCCCAGUAUGAAGACCAGGCUGUGCUCCCUGAGGUUGCCCAGGUCCUACAGCAGGAUCAUGAGCCCAGUCCAGCCCAGGACGGUCAUCUACGUCCUGUCCUCGCCUGACUUUGAGUCCACGGUGCGUGCUGCCUCCUUGGAAGGGAAGCGGAGUUCCAGGACGUGGCAGGACGGUGCCAACCCAGCCAAGUACAAGUACAAGAAGUCGCCGGUCAGGUACUAUGACCCGACCACCAACAGGAUCCUCAAGACGCUGCCGGCCAGCCUGGGCCAGUCCCACCAUGUGCGCCAGCUCUUCAGGAGCCUCAGCCCGGACAUCAACGCAGGGUCGACGGCCGACGAGCACCGGGGCACCAUGACCAAGAUCCACCCGAAGACCGGCGGAGCCUGCAGCCUCCUGCAGGCCUGCAGCAACGCGGCCUCGAGCUCCUGGCCGGCAGGCCUGCUCAAGCCCCGGGACUGGGCCCUGGGGGAAGCCCCUGGCAGCGACUCCAGGUCGGAUGGACCCCCGCUGCCCCUGCAGAAGAACCUGGUCCUGUCGCCGUUGAGGAGGGGCGGGCCCGACUCCCCCUUCGGCCGGCUGCAGGUGUACGCCGGCCCGCGGAGCCGCCGGCACCCUGACCGCGAGGCCCCGGGCCCGGCCUCCACCCGGGAUGAGCUGCAGCUCAGCAACCCGAGGGGAACCACGUUGCAGUCAGACAUAGUGCCCUCAGCCCCCGCCUCCUCACCGGGCCGCCCACGGCUCCGAUCUGGCAUCCGUCGGCCCGCCGACAAGGGUGGCUCCUCCGGGGAAAAGGUGCUGAGGAGAGAAACCAGGAGCGGGGAGAAGGGCGCCAAGCGACGGGGCCGACGACAAGGCCUACGCAAGAGGAAGUGAAGCCCCUCGCGGGGGUGGUUGACCCGUCACAGCCCCCCCCACCCCCCCUCCUCUGGCUCCUCAGUUCCUUUUCUUUCUUUUGUAUUAUUUCAGGGAAUUUGCAGUUGAAACAGAGGUUGCAACUGUAUUUUUUAUAAAGAGCCUGAGUGGUU